UGGCACUGUCCCACAGACAGGGUGGCACUGUCCCACAAGGUGACAGGGUGGCACUGUCCCACAGACAGGGUGACAGGGUGACACUGUCCCAGAGGCAGGGGUGGCACUGUCCCACAGACAGGGUGACAGGGUGGCACUGUCCCACAGACAGGGUGAUAGGGUGACACUGUCCCAGAGGCAGGGGUGGCACUGUCCCACAGACAGGGUGACAGGGUGGCACUGUCCCACAGACAGGCUGCUGGAGCCCCGAUGGCAGCCGCCUGCUCUUCACCGUGCUGGGCGAGUCCGUCAUCUACUCCUUGUCCUUCUCCGAGUACCGGGGGGAGAUGCAGGGGACAGUGGGAGGCUCCAAGACGGCCUCGAUCGUGGCAGACCUGGCCGAGACCACCUUCGAGACCCUCUAUGGGGAGGAGAGGAUCGGAGGAGAGGUUCACUCCAUGGUGUGGGACCCCACUGGGGAGAGGCUGGCGGUGAUCCUCAGAGGACCCCCCGAGUGCGCGGGCAGCCAGCCGGCCGUGGCCGUGUUCCGCACCCGCAACAGCCCCGUCUUCGAGCUGCUGCCCUGCGGCUUCGUGCGGGGCGAGCGCGGUGCCCGGCCCCAGCUCAUCUCCUUCCACCCCUGCUUCCCUCAGGGCGCCCUCCUGACCGUGUGCUGGUCCUCGGGGAGGAUCUCCCACAUCCCCUUCUUCUUCGUCAGCGCCCUGGAGCCCCGCGGCAGCCCCGGCCGCAGCCCCGCGCCCGUGCUGGGCAGCGUCCGGGAGCAGCCGCUCUUCUCCGAGCUCUGACAGGCUCCCAGGGCACCUCAUGUCCUCCCUGGGCACCUUGGGGCUUCCUUGGGCACCCCAGGGCCUCCUCGGGCACCCCAGAGUCUCCCUGGGCACCCC